AAAAACAGAUUGGUAAAACUGGAUAUGGAGGGAAGCAAAUGUACAAAAUGAACACGACGAAAAAUGAGGAAGUAAAUAUCGAUUAAACCGAGAUAAGAUGGACGAUGGUGUAUGGAGACCAGCAAAGGACAAUUAUGGAGUCGCCAUCUGUAGUUUUAAAAGUAAAGUACAGAAGAGUUUGAGCCUGACUGUCGGAGAAACUGUACAUAUUCUGGAGGAAUAUGGGGGAUCCAAUGGCUGGUUUUAUGGAAAGUCCACAAACAGAAAAACAGGAUGGGGAAUAUUUCCAAAGAGUUUUAUUCAUAUCAAGGACUGCAUUACAGAGGGAAAGGGACGAUAUCAGACAGUCAUUCCAAAAGAAGAUCACAUGGUCAGAGAGUUGACCUUUGGCCUGAGAGAAUGGUUCCAAUCUUGGAAGACCAAAUACCUCAGUCAGGGAUGGAACCAGAUGCUGGAAGAUGUAGAGAGGACGAUGGCUGAGCUGGCAAUGUUACGGGGGCGACUCAUCAAAGACACUCUGUCAGUGGAGCAAGCUUCCAAUCUCCGCGAGGAAAUAGCUACACUGGUGGACUGGGGAAAUGGGCAGCUAGGUAUGGAUCUUAUUCCACGUAAAAAUGGCAAAGAGAUAAAUCCUGAUGAGUGUAGUGUGAUAGAACUACACAGGGUCCACUCACAGGGCGUGGAGAAAUUACGCACAAAAUCAACAAAGCGGACUAGAUUACCAACACAGUCCUGCUAUACAGACGAGGGGAAUAUUUACAAUCUUCUGGUCCAUUUUCGUAGCAGUCAGUGUAAUAUAGGAGAUGACUCUGUAGUUUAUUUAUCUUUAUUCAGUGCCAAAGAUGACAAAUUUAUCAGUGAACAAUAUGAAAUAAAACUGAACAAGACGGGAUUUCCAGUAGAUUUGGAAAAGUCAGACAACCUGAAUGCUCUUUUCACAGACUUGUCCCAAGAAGAUUUUCACAGAAAUUUAUUCCUAGUUGUUCGUAUAUACAGAUAUGGUCGUAUGUUACAAGACCAUAAGGAACACAAGAAGCCCCCAUCCUCACCAUACAGAAGGCCCUGGGGGGUUGGAGUGUUCAGUGUACGAGAAAUCCAGGACCAGAUGGAUAUGGUAGAUGAUCAAUACGAGUGUAACAUUAAGGUUGUGAGCUGUGCUGAUGACAGCACUUUCUCAGAGUAUCACGAAACAUUGAUAAGACGUUACAAUGCUGCCCAGUUUGGUAGCUCCAGUCAACUUAAAGCCAGUGUGACCAGUCCAGAGAAAACAAGCUUAGGCCUUCAUUUGGCUGUAAAGAUCAUCACAGGGGACCUGAAGAAAUGUCAGACAGAACAUCCCGUGUUGUUCAAUAAAGGGCUGGCUGUGAUUCAAAAAAUGGACUUCUCUGAUGUCAUUAAUCCUGGGGAGGUCCGUAAUGAUGUAUAUUUAGAACUCCAUGAGGGAGAUUUUGACAGGGAUGGUAAAAAAGCUCAGAAAAAUGUGGAGGUCAAAAUCACUGUAUUGGAUAGAGAAGGUCGCCGCAUUCCUAAAUGUAUAAGUUAUGGUUGUGGAGAAGAUUUACAAGAUACAUUCCGAUCGGCUGUAUUGUACCACAGUAAUGGACCAAAGUGGGCAGAAACUGUUAGGAUUUCUAUACCCAUGGAAAAAUUUCCAGGAUCUAGUGCUUUGUUUGAAAUCUCACACUGCUCAACCAAAUCCAGUAAAGCAGAGAAGAAGCUUUGUGGAUUUGCCUUCAUGAGAUUGACAGAUGACGAAGAUAUUGUGAUCAAAGAUGCAUAUCAUACACUCUGCAUAUACAAGUGUGAAGACCCCAGUAAGAUUAAGUAUGAGAAAUACAAGACAAUGCCGUUCCUUGUGGAUGACUUUGGAGACCCCCGCCAGUCUGUGUUCAUAACAAAGUCCCUCCCGUACACUCGCAGCGCUAGGGAGACCAUUCAAGUUUCCACGAAACUGACCUCCACAAAAUUCACACAGACGUCUGAGCUUCUUGGAGUUUUGAAAUGGAGAGAUUGUAUGAGUGACUUGGAAAGAAACCUGGACAAAUUGAUGAAUUUACAAGGAGGAGAAAUUAUGAAGUUUUUGUCAGACAUUCUUGAUGCUUUGUUUGAAAUGCUCCAAGCAGGCAGUCAGACCCAAUACUAUACCAAAGUGUUUCAUGCUUUAAUUUUCAUUCUGAACUUGCUGUUGGACAGCAGGUUUGAGAACUUUGUACCCGUGUUAGACAGCUAUCUCCGAGAAACAUUCACGUCACCUCUAGUCCAUACCCAUUUGAUGUCCUUGUUUUCGGACGGCAUUCUGCGGGCAGUCAAGGGUGAGACCUUCCCUGUGGCCAUGUCACUUAAGGUGCUUGCCCCACUUGUGAGAUUUAUUGUGCGAUCUCGGGAACUCGAGACAUUAAACCCCAUGUGUCGUAACUCUAAGUCAGAACAUGACUAUCAAGUCCAGAUCUCCCAGCUGUUUGACAGCUUUGGACGGCUCCUGGCCUCAAAGGACCAAAAACUCAAGAUCUCACAGAUGGCUUUGCUGUCCAAUAUGCGGAAGUCAUUUGAAACUUUUGUCGUGAUCAUGACCAAGAAACAGCUUGCUGAUUACGUUAAAGCUGUCAUUUCUAAACUGCCUCCCCAACGGGAAAUCUCUGAAGACGUGGCUAGGAACAAGAUGGAGUUUAUCAGGGAGAUUGUCAACUCCGACUUAUUUCUGGAUGAUGAAUCUCGCAGUGUUAUGCUGCCGUUGUGUUUAAGUCAUGUCCGGCAGUGUCUGCAUCAGAAACAGUUUCUGCAGCUUGUGACGAGUACGCUCGGAGACAUACUGGACAAAUUGUUCACACUCAAACAGGAGAAGGACAUGUCUGACGACAUUGAAAUGUUUGCCAAAUACAUGUUUCCUGUUAUGGUGGACACGACCUUGACCUUAAGUGAGAAAGUGGUUCCCCACUCCUUUUGUGCUACGCCCGCUAUUUCACCACAACAAGAAACUCAAGAUUUUGACUGUGAGGACGAGGAGGUACAGAAAAAAGGAAACAAACGACAGGUCGACCGUGAUCGCCGCCGCACUCUGACGGGAAUUAACUUCUUUACCUCCAAACCAAGACCGCCCUCCAUCUCAAUGCAAACUCCUACCCAUAGUUUGAAAACUAUUGAUAGUACCCCAGUCAAAAGUUUGGAAAUUGGCGAAAUCUUCAAGAAAAAAGCCCCCACAUUCUCCAUGGAGGACCUCGGACUGAGUGGAGAAAUGAUCUCUUGUAUGGCUGAACUGCUGAGGCUGAUGGACCACAGACAAUACAAUGUAAUCCUGAAACCAACACAGGUCCCACUUAAGGAGUUUCUGGGUAAAGUACUACUGACCUUCAGAGAGUUGAUCAAAGAAGACUUAUUCCCCCCGGGGUGGACAGUCAUGAGGAUGGUUAUCAAUAAUGCUCUAUUUACUGCAAUAGAAUACUUGUCUUCAGUUCUCAGUGAGCACUUCCUCAAGAAAGAUCAGUUUGAUAUGCAGCUGUGGAGUCAUUAUUUUAACCUGGCGGUAGCCUUCAUCACUCAGCCCAGUCUACAGCUAGAGAGGUACUCCGAGGCCAAGAAACGCAAGAUCAUCGACAGAUACCAGGACAUGAGGAUCCUAAUGGGGCAACAGAUACAGAAUCUCUGGGAAAACUUAGGUGCCAAUAGACGACAUUUUAUUCCGUCUCUGAUUGGUCCUUUCCUGAAGGUGACUUUGGUUCCUGAAGAGGAACUCAGAAAGGCCACCAUUCCAAUAUUCUUUGACAUGAUGGAAUCAGAGAUGAAAACCUGUGGAAAUUUCCAGUUGGUAGAGAAUGAGAUGAUAGAAAAACUGGAUGAAUAUAUCACCACUGAGAACCUAGGAGACACAGAUUACAUGGCUCUGUUCAGUACAAUAUUGUUGGAUAAAGUUGAGAAAGAACCAGAAUUGAAGGAAAAUGGCCGACAGUUUGUCCUAUCUGUCACCAACCUUCUGGAGAGGCUGCUGGACUAUAGGCAAGUUUGUGGAGGGGAGGACCAUAAAAGCAGUCAUAUGAAGUGUACCUUCAAUAUACUGAAUUUUUACAAGGACAACACAAACAAAGAAGAAAUGUAUAUUCGGUACAUUAAGAAGCUAUACGACCUUCACCUCACCGCUCAGAAUUACGUGGAGGCAGGGUUAACUCUGAAACUGUAUGCCCAGCUGUUACAGUGGAGGGAUACAAUGAGGAAGGAGGAGCUAGACUACCCUAACCAACCAGAGUGGGAGAGAAAGGAGAGGGUCUACCUUCAAAUCAUGGACUGUUUCGACAAGGGCAAGGUUUGGGAGUAUGGUAUUCCUUUGUGUAAAGAGUUGGCAGAGGUCUACGAGAAGAAAUUUGAUUACAGGAAGCUGAGUAACGUUCUGGAGAGACAGGCUAGAUUUUUCAGUAAUAUACUAGAUGGGGUCAAAGUUCAGGAGGAGGGGCAGGACAGACCCGUUUUCUACCCCCGACAAGAACCAACCUACUUCAGAGUGGCCUACUAUGGACAACUCUUCCCACUUUUUGUUAGAAACAAAGUGUUUAUCUAUAGAGGAGAUGAGUGUUUAAAGCUACAGGACAUAAUUAAUCAACUGAAACAGGAGUACCCCAUGGCUACCAUCCUACAGUUCACCAACACCAUUGAUGAAGACAAGAAACAGGGGGAGGCUCAGUACAUACAGAUUGGUAGUGUGAAGCCUCGACCUGAGGACAAGCCUGAGUUUGUAUACAACACAAAUGUGGCUCCUGAGAUUAAGAACUUUUAUGCAGUUAAUGAUGUCAGUACAUUCCAGUUUGACAGAUCUUUCCACAGAGGAGAAAAGGAUCCCAAUAAUGAGUUCAAGACCCUUUGUACGGAGAGAAUGGUGAUGCACACAAACUACUGCUUCCCUGGGAUUUUACAGUGGUACGAAGUAAUUAGAACAGAACAUGUGACUCUUAGUCCUGUGUGUACCGCUAACGAGGCUGUCAAAUCAGCCUGUAAAGAAUUACAGAAGGAAAUUGACAAAACUAAAAAAGACUCUUCAAUUGAUGCCAUCAAGUCUCUGUCUAUGAAAUUAAAUGGAAUGAUUAGUGCUUCAGUUCAAGGGGGAAUUCCUAAAUAUCAGGAGGCCUUCUUUACACCAGAGUACGAGAGACUUCACCCCGAGGAAAGGGACAGAAUCCGAGAGCUGAAGGAGCUACUGAAUGAACAGGUCAAGCUACUGGACGCAGGACUCCACCUGAUGAAGACCAUGGACCGAGUACACGGGACGGGUUUAUCUGACAUGCUGCGGUCACUCAGUGAAAUCUUAAAGGAGAUUAAGGAGAGUCUAGGCAUGCAGUCAUCAUCUGUCCACAGGACUUCCUCUCAUCUCUCUAUGACUUCAGUAAGGGAGGUGAAUCGACGGUCGGACUCUGGAGUGGACAGCAUGCUAGUCGAGAUGAGGCCAGGGACCCCGGGCAGUGGGUCCCUCCAUUCUUCCAGCAGUAAUCGUUCGUCUGGUUACUCGGCUGAUGCAGUGUCAGGAGACCUGGUUGACUUGUCAGAACCAGAACCAGUUUCAGCACCAGAGAACUUCACAAAUCUACUUGACCUCUCACAACUCAAGGGAGUGAACUCCAACAGCAAGCCAAAGAGGCCAUUGUCCUUGAUACAUCCAUUUAGAUCAGACAGGGGACAUAAAGAUCGUUCCAAGUCCGUCUGGUACGGUUCAGGAUCUACAAAUUCUAUGCUUCUUGAGAAAUCAAAGUUCGGCUCGGAGCCAGACAUUACGCACCGUACUUCUUACAAACAUCAAGAACACCAUGUCUUCCCAGUAAUCAGUAACAUCCCAGUCCUCCCAGUUAAACACCAGCUCGCAGAAGAAGCUAUACCUGAGAAACCAGAGCCCCCUCCAAAAAAGAAACAGCCUAAACCAACACAGGAAUUAGUUGGAUCCAGUUCUAGUGCUUCAUCAAACCCUGUUCCCCCAUUACCUCCUCGUAAACCCUCCCUUGUAAGACAGACUAAUGGACACCCUCGUGCCUCAGUGUUUGAGAAUGUGGUGUCCUCAAGAAGUGGGGAUGCUCCUCCCCCUAUUCCUCAAAGGACCUCUGUACGUGUGCCAAAGCCUGUUCCUCGCUCAACUGUUACUAGGCAGGAUGAAAACAGCCAGCUCUAGGGAUAAUCUGUCUCAUGGGUUUUCCCAAACACAUGAGAAUCCCUUCAGAGAAGAUUUCCCAAUGUCCUUCAGGGAUAACAAUUGUCCCAGAUGAGGACUGUUUGAGGACUACAUAAACAAGUGCUAAUAUCUGGAAUCCAUUUCAACUAUAAUUGGUGUGCUAUUUGUUGAAUUUUGUACUUUCCUUUUUGUAAGCAUAAUAGGAAACAAUAAGGGUGCCUACUUUUAGUGAUCUGUACUCAGAUUCAUCCAAUUUGAAGUGAUUCUUGGUAUCUGUGGGUAGAUCCACUGACAAUACUUGUUAUGGGUGGUCUCUCUUGGCAUAAGGCUGUGAUAUCUAGACACAACAUUUGUGUUACAUAUUUUCAUUUUUAUGCCCCGCCAUGAAUAUGGCCGGGGCAUAUAGUGUUUGUCAUGUCCGUCUUCCGUCCUUCCGUCCUUCCGUCCUUCUGUCCUUCCGUCUGUCCUUCCGUCACACUUUGCGUUUAGCUCUGUUCAAAGCUCAGUUUCAAAGAAACUAUCCAAGAUAUUUUUAUCAAACUUCAGAUGCUGAUAGAUAUUGAUGAGAGCUAUGCAACUGCAUCAACAUUUUUUGACCUUGACCUUUCUUUUGA